GCUCUCCAGCUCAGGCUCACCCUCACACUAGACCAUGGACACCAGCAGUGCAAGCGAGCACUCUGCAAAGCAUCAUGCCGACGAGGCUCAUGUCUCGACCGUCAAGAAUGCCCAGGUCGAUACCGCCGCUCAGCUCGUCGCUGGUUCAGCCGUCCGCCUCACCCCUGAGGAAGCCCUCCGACUCAGGCGCAAAAUAGACUUGCACAUUAUGCCUCUAAUGUGUACUAUGUACUUGAUUCAAUUCUUAGACAAGACUACACUUGGAGAGGCGGCGGUCCUAGGCAUCAUACCUGGAGCUCAUUUAACCGAGACGCAAUUCAACUGGCUCGGCACGAUCUUUUACCUGAGCUACCUGGUCUUCCAGUACCCCCAGAACCUAGCUCUCCAGCGCUUCCCUGUGGGCCGAUGGGUAACCAUCAAUAUAUUCCUCUGGGCAGUCAUUCUGCUCUGUCAUGCAGCCUGCUCUUCCUUUGGAGGACUUUUCACAGUCCGUUUCCUGCUGGGUGUUUGCGAGGGUGCCGUCACCCCCGGGUUUAUGAUCGUUACAUCCAUGUUCUACACCCGUGAAGAGCAGACAAGGCGUGUCGGUUACUGGUUCUUGAUGAACGGAGUCGCAGUCAUCUUUCUAGGAUUCAUCAGUUUCGGUGUCCUGCAUACCCACACGGGCGCAUUCCUGCCUUGGCAAUGGCUCAUGGUCAUCACCGGGACAAUUACACUGGUCGUUUCAGUGCUUUUCUGGUUCUUCUUCCCAGAUUCGCCUACCACGGCUUGGUUCCUCACCCCUGAAGAACGCAUCCUCGCCAUCGAGCGUAUCCGCGAGAACCAAACUGGUGUUGAGAACAAGCACUUCAAAUGGGAUCAGUUCUGGGAAACGAUCAAGGACCCUAGGACGUGGCUGUUUGCGUUGUUCGCCGGCACAUCGAACGUCGUCAAUUCGCUAACAAAUCAACGCCAGCUGAUCGUCGCGCAGUUUGGAUUCAACGAUAUCCAAACGACUUUGCUUGGUUGCGUCGAUGGGGUUGUCGAAAUUGUCUCCAUCUUCGUUGGUGUCACGCUAGCAUCCCAAAAACAUGUCGGCAGGGCAUUCUCCGGCGUGUUGAUGUAUGUUCCGGCGAUUCUCGGCGCAAUCCUGGUCAGCGCAUUACCCUACUCCGACACAGUGGGCCUGCUGUUCUCGUACUGGCUCUCCAUCUUUGCCAUUGCUCCGUUCAGCAUCUUCUUGGGCUGGAUAGGUGCCAUCACCUCCGGACACACUAGGCGCAUCACGACCAACGCCAUCGUCCUGUGUGGCUACGCUAUUGGAAACGCUGUGAGCCAGUUUAUGUGGAAGGCCGAGUACCAGCCACGGAACCACAUUCCAUGGGCCGUGAUCACCGCAUGCAACUUCGCCGCGGGUGUCAUGCUCAUCCUCAUCCGCUUCUGGCUUGCAUCCGAGAACAAGAAACGCGAUGCCGAGGGGUACGACGAUACGUACGACAGCGUGUAUAUCGCCGAGGAGCAGGCUGAUGGGAGCACCCUGGAGAAGAAGGUCGACAAGGCUUUCUUGGACCUUACGGACAAGCAAAACCGGGAGUUCCGGUACAUUCUCUGAUUUAGUGUUUGGUGUUUGUUAGAUCGCGCAUACCCUUCAGGUUGAUUGGUUGUCAUAUAGUCACUGUUAAUUGUACGUCUUGUUUUAUGCGUUAACGAGUUAUUAUUAUCAUCUGUGUGCAUAAGAGAAAGCUAGUGCUGUACAUUUGCCCGAACUCUGUCGCGACUGCAGCUAUAUAACUUACCGCUCAUGUACGUACCAUCGAUGUUAUUGGGUCAAGCGUCAGAAUAUGAAAACAAUAUUGUGAACCAUUAGUGAAGUUAAUCCUCCC